GACCUGUGAGCGGAUAUAACUCGUGCGUUUCCUGCCCAUCCUCGGUCCUGGGAAAACCCGGAGGUGUGACCCUUCCCCAUGAUCUGAGUCCACGGUGUGACCGGGCGGCGGCGGCAGGGCAGACCGGGCACAGAGCGUGGCGCGCGGGGAGAGUGUCCGAGAAGCCGCUUGGUGACUGGUGGUCCGAUCAUUAAAACUGAAGGAACCAUGGCCAAAACCUACGAUUAUCUGUUCAAGCUGCUGCUGAUAGGAGACAGCGGCGUCGGGAAAACGUGCCUGCUCUUCAGAUUCAGCGAAGACGCGUUCAACACAACCUUUAUAUCCACUAUCGGUAUUGACUUCAAAAUCAGGACGGUGGAGUUGGACGGCAAGAAAAUCAAACUUCAAAUAUGGGACACAGCAGGUCAAGAGCGAUUCAGAACAAUUACUACGGCCUAUUACAGAGGAGCUAUGGGCAUCAUGCUGGUGUAUGACAUUACCAACGAAAAAUCCUUCGACAACAUCAAAAACUGGAUCAGGAACAUCGAGGAGCACGCCUCCUCAGAUGUGGAGAGGAUGAUUCUGGGAAACAAAUGUGACAUGAACGACAAGCGACAGGUGUCCAAAGAAAGAGGAGAGAAAUUGGCGAUAGAUUAUGGAAUAAAGUUUUUGGAGACCAGUGCAAAGUCUGGUAUUAAUGUAGAAGAGGCCUUUUUCACUCUGGCACGGGACAUCAUGACGAGACUCAAUAGAAGAAUGAACGACAAUAAUGCACCCGGCAGUGGAGGUCCCGUCAAAAUCACUGAGAAUCGCCCGAAGAAGAGUUUUUUCAGAUGUUUGCUUUUGUAGGCGGAGUCUAGAGCCACGGGAUGCUCUGAUUGGUCCUCGUGGCAUAUAGGCCUUUUUCAAUGGGACACAGCGCCGCAAAUUACAGACUUAUUCAAACAGGUUGAAGUCAAACAAAAUGGAGAAAUACAUUGAUGAAAGGAUUUGAUUUGAGAGUUUUAUGGUUGAAGAGACUUUUUUAAACUGUUGACUUGUGCGCAUUACAUUUCACUGUGUUGAGCUCUGAAGCAUCAAACUAACUUUUUUAACAACAAAACAAAAGGAGACUGUUACGUUAUACCAAAGCCAGUCUUUUUUUUUUUUUUUUUAAUCACUCCAGUGGCUUUAUGAACCUGCAGCCUGAGAGGUAGUUAUUAUCUUUUUCAAAGAUCAACUCAUUUAAAGCUGCACUUUGCAACUUUUCCAGUAGAGGGUAAGUCACCGGCCUGUCCCCAUGGAGAAAUCAUUACUUUGCUUAGAAUAUUCCACAGUAUAUUUACCUUAAGCCAACUGGUUCAGAAGAUGGCACAACCAGGCCAAGUUUCAAGUCUGAUCUAUGGAAAAGCAAGCCCAAGCAUAGUAAGAAGGCUUUUCAAGAAUGUUUUUCAAGGUAUUUUUGAGCAGUAUGAACACCUAAAAUGAAACAAAGACAAAAGCUAUAUGUUUUUAGUGCCAUACUGUGGAACAUUACAGCCAAAGCAAAAAAAUCUGCAGACUCUCCAUCAGAAAAGUUACGCAGUGCACCUUUGUUACAAUGACUUACAAAUUCCUUUAGGUUUCAGCCAUUGUUUGUAUUUUAAACAAUGAAUCCAUAAUAUCAAUCGCCUGGGAUUCAGAAUACACACUCCUCCAAUACUUUACAAAGAUGUGAGUCUAGUCACUGGUGAAUCUUUUCAGAUUGACGGCGGGACAAUCAGGGACACGCAUAGUCCGCCUGCAUCGUAACAAAUAUGGCUGCUUAUGAGGAAAAAGGAAAGAAAAAAAACAAAAAUAACAGGACUGAAAAAAAAUCUGAUUGGACGAUCAUGUUUAGUUCUGGCUCAAAACACGACGGAGGGAGUGGAGACCAGACUGAUAGUCUUCUGUAUAAAUAAUACAGAGUGAUUUCAUUGUGGACUUGACAGGCAAUAAUAUUAAUAUUUUCAUUAAUAUUACAGUAAAGAAAGGUGUUAUGUAGAAAGCACAAAUAGGAUACCUCUUUGUUUACCGUACCAUCCAUUAAGUGACAAAAUCAUACCGGUAAAGUUUAUGGUAAAAAGUCUAAUGAGCAAAAUUUGGGUAUUUGAAUAUUCACAGGUCUCAAUAUUGCUUAGCUAUUUACCAUUUCAAAUACAUGGGUCAACUAAUGUGAAGUAUGAAUCUAUAGAACGUGCAAUCUAAAAUAAAUACAUGAAGUAAAUAGUAAUGAUAAGAAAUCUAUUAUCUGUAUAACAUUAUAGUGGAUACAAGAAAACAACAAAACAGUUUACUGCCUUUGACAAUGAAAACUGACAAGUCAUGGUUUUAAAGCCCCAGUAUGUAACUUUUUGCCAAAAAUAGAUUCAUUUAAAUGCUAUUUGUUUUUUAUUAUGGAUGUGUUUCUUCUGCUGAAAACAUAGAAAAACAUGCAAACUGGUUCACAAUAAGGAUGCAGUCUCUAUAAACCUGACUCUUAUUUGACCCCUUUUUGCUUGUUUUCAUGGAAAUGUUGGUUCUUUGUCUAUCAUACCCCGCAGUAUGGCAUAAAACUCUCUCCAUGGAGAAUGUUCUGUUUUUAACUUUGUUUCCAUGGAAUCAUGCAGUUAACUUUCCACCCUCAGAAAGUUACAUAAUAUCACUUUAACUAAAAGUGCAAUAUUUACAAAUAAAAGCCAAACAUGAUUUAGAUUUUUUAUAUUUUGGCCUUAACAAUUCAAAGUUGUCAGAAUACUUCACAUGUGAAUAAGAAUGGUUGAAUUGCACUGCCUUUUACAAUCUCAAAUAUACUUUAGUUUUUGGGUUUUUUUGUGACAUUGACCCACUCGAACCAGUCAGUGUUAAAAUGUGCUUUUGGACUGCAGUAUUUUGAAUUAUCCUCUUUAUUUUCAAUUAAAUUUUUUGUAUUAAUGUUUGUGUCUUAAAUAUUUUAAUAAUUGUUUUAAGCAGAAAAUGUGUAGUCUUAAACAGCCCCAAAUACUGUGACAAGUGGCAUUGAAUGAGCACUUUUUUGUAGAGACGUUGUCCACGCAUUUUCAAAUCACUUGGAAGUCCUCUGACAAUAUACUGAUUAAUUUACUAAAUAUUUGCAGUAAUUAAAGAGGGGGUAAAAAUCAUUUUUUUAGCUUUCUGCCAUGUUAUGAUGUUGUUCCCUCAUCAAACACAUGCCAGAAGAGGUUUUUACAUGUCAUGCAUGUUUGAGUAAUUUAGCAAUCUCUCCUGGGCCCUAUUCAAACCCUUCUUACAAUUAGCGGUGAGAGUCUGUUUAAUGCUCCCACAUGACAAUCUCCAUAAAUGUUCAAACACAUGAUACAAAACAAUGUGUUAUAUCUUCACAAACCUGAUGCGAUGUGCAGUAGUUUCAUUAGUGGGAUGGACUGAUUUUGUUGUGAUAGUGCUCUGAAGGGGGAGUGACUUAGCAGAGAGCAAAGGGAGGGGGGACUUGGAGCCUCAAAAACGAAAGUGAAACUUAUAAAACAUGUUUAUUACAGUGUUUUCUGAGAAUCUAGGAUUUUCAAAACAAUAAAAGGUAACAUGGUGAUCUACAUAUCUUAUGUGUUAGCAGUUAAUACCUCCUCUUUAAUACCCCAUAGAAGUAAAAUACCCCCUCUUUAAAGAAUAUACUGUACCGCCGAACACAACUUAUGACCUGCAAGUUUCCUCUCAAAAUCAUUAUUCCAUAUUGUAAGAUACAAAAUGUGAAAUUCAGAAGGGUGGGCGUUAGUGCAUACUGUUGCUGUGUCCUUAGGCAAGACACUUCUCCUACCUGGCCUGUGUGAAUGUGAUGUUUCGCUGCUGUUGGGCUGCAGUAUAGCUUAACACCAGUAAAGAAAGUGAAUGAAUAAUGCAAUAGGUUGGUUUCACGUGACAUUAAAACAUGCUGCAAUCUAUAUAGUUUAAAAUGGAGCUGGAGGUUAAUGGUUACGGUUAAUAUCCCUGUUGUUCCUGGGCCUAUCCACAUGGAACAAAAAUGGACACAAAGUUCAAUGUCUUCUCUGUCACUAUAAAUAAACAAAAGUGGAAUUAUUUUUUCACAAUAGUUUCAGAAAGGAGUACCAAAGGUGUGACUAUUGUCAGAUGAAAGGACUUUAAGACACAUGAUUAUGGUAAUAUGGCAUGUUUUUGGAGCCAAUCUCAAACAAAUAAUGAUAUGUUUCAACAUUUGUGGAUCAUAAGUUUGGAUAUUUCUUCUAAAAACAGUGAAUCUCUCAGAGUUACAUAGACCCCAGCCCUCCAUCUGAAAUUAUGACAUGAUGAUCAAAAAACUUAAACGUGAACGCAAUCUGUUAGAUCAAUGUAUUUGUCAUUGCCACCUUAAUUCAUACCAAAUCUGUCAUAUAUGAACCUCUUUGUGUAAAAUGUUGUUUUAUGUGUUUAGAGAUUAAACAGUGUUGGAAUUAUUAUAAAUUAUUUAGAAACGUAUAUAUCAGGACAGAAAGUCGAGGAAUAGCGGUGAAUUUUUGUCCUCGAGCAAGACACUUCAUCCACACCACCUCAUUAAACUCUUGCAUGUAGCUGGUAGUAAUAGGAAGGGCAUCUGGCUUAAAAACAAGUCUGUCACGCAUAUUGGACUAAGAAAGACCUGUUCCAGUUUGCUCCUAAACAUAAGGAAAGAGUCUUGGCCAAAUCCUGGUUUAGUUCUAGGAUCUGACUAAAUCCUGGCUAAAUCCUGGAGUAGUUUUGGCUAAAUCCUGGAUUAGUCCUGGUUUUCAGCCGAUUCACAACUAAACCCUCUUGUGAACAUGACGCUGUAAUAAUGGGGAAAAUAUUGAGUCAAUUUGAUCACCUCUAUGCAAAUAACCUCAUUUCAUUUUAUUUUUGUAUCAAAUAUUUAGUUAAACAUUUUUAUGUUUUCUAUGUGUUGAUGCCUUACCUCUGUGUUUUAUGUUAGAUCUUAAACUGUUGGAUUGAUAAGUUUUUGUUGUCCAGACACUGAGUGAAGUGCUUUUCUUCAACCAAAUAAAAAAAAAUAAAAAAUCUGUUGUAAUUUC